ACUAUAGAGCUCAUUAUCUAUGGCUCCACGUUGACACACGUAUGUAUCGAGGAAGAUCUGAGAUCUGAGAUCUGAAUUGAAAAACAUGGCUUCGAAGGAAAAUAACCUUGUUUUACUGUAUACGGAAUUAAACAAAUUAGGACAGAACGGGGAAUACGAAAGGGCCUUGAAAACUGCGAACAGAAUUUUAGGCAUUUCUCAAGAUGAAGAAGCAGCGUUUCACUAUAAAGUUGUUUGCUACAUCCAGCUGUCCAAGUUCAACGAUGCGUUACAAGCUAUCGUUAAAACCCCGAAAUUAGCAACGAAUCUAGAUUUUGAAAAAGGAUACUGUCUCUAUCGUUUAAAUCAAAUUUCUGAAGCAUUAAAAGUGAUAGAAAAUGUGCAAAAUCCUUCCCUGAAAAUCAAGGAAUUAAAAGCCCAGGUAUUAUAUCGUCUAGAGAGAUAUGAAGAAUGUUUCACGAUAUACAGAGACAUUAUUAAGAAUUCACACGAUGACUAUGAAGAAGAGAGGGAAACAAAUCUUGCAGCUGUUCUUGGAAACUUAGUGAUUGAGGGUUCUGAUUUAGAAGUUCCUUCGUUACAUGAACACACUUAUGAAUUAACAUAUAAUGCAGCAUGUAGUUUACUCGCACAAAGAAACAGGGAUGAUAGAACUGUUUUAAUAGAAGCAGAAAAAAAAUUAAGAGCUGCUGAGAAAUUGUGUAAGGAGGGUUUAGAGGAAGACGGAGCAUCCGAAGAAGAAAUUGAAAAUGAAUUGGGUAUAAUUCGUGUACAGCUUGGUUAUUGCCUGCAAUUGCAAGGUCGAGAAAAGGAAGCGCAAACAUUGUACACUGCUGUUCUAAAAGCCAAGCCAGAUGACAUCGCAUUGAUUGCCGUAGCCAAUAACAAUUUAGUAUGUCUGAAUAAAGAUCAAAAUGUGUUUGAUAGUAAAAAGAGAAUGAAAAGUGCCACUCAUGAAAAUCUAGAGCACAAAUUAACUUCUAGGCAAAGAAGAAACAUUGCAUACAAUCAGUGUUUAUUAGCGUUUUACACAGAUCAAGGAGAGCAAUGCCACCAACUGUGUAAUAAUCUUGCGAAAGAUCAUCCUACACUUGCAGCAGAUGCAAUGUUCAUAAAAGCUGUACAACUUAGCAAGGAAGGUAAAGCGAAAGAAGCGGCGAAGUUAUUGACCGAGCAUGCGGUCGGCGAGAAGGAAUUGCCUAUGAAAUUGGCUAGCGUGCAAGUUCUUCUGAGUCAUGAUGAAAGAAAAGAGGCAAUCGCUAUUCUUGAGAACAUAAACGAAAGAGAUAGAUCUCUAUCUGGAAUAGUCAGUGCACUCGUUACGCUUUACAUGGCUGACAACGAUCGGGAAAGAGCGUCAGCUGCUCUAAAGAAUGCAGUCGCUUACUAUAAAAAACACAAUGAAACCACUAAAAAUGUGGGAGAAUUAUGGCGGCAGGCUGCCAAUUUCUACUUACGCGGUGGCGAGCUCAAGAUCGCUGCCGACAUCCUACAAGAAUUAGUAGAUGCUUCGCCAUCUGAUACCAAGACUUUAGCUCAAUUAGUGGUCGCUUAUGUACAGUUCUGUCCUACUAAAGCGCAGUCGUUAUCUAAAAGAUUACCACCGCUUCACGAUCUUGCUGAAACUACCGACGUUGACGCAUUGGAGAGUAGCAAUUGGGUUAUUGGGACUAAAGUCGUGAAGAAAAAGAUUGAACCUUCUCCUGGUAAACCAGUGUCGGAUGUAAUUCAAAAGAAGCACAAGAAACGUAAACGCAUUCGUAAAUUACCGAAGAACUAUGAUCCAGACGUUCCGCCUGAUCCAGAACGAUGGUUACCGAGACACGAACGCAGUGGAUUCCGUAAAAAGCGGGAUAGAAGGAAUAGGGAUGCCGCUAUGAAAGGGACACAAGGAGCCGCUACAGGAGCCAGUGACCUUUACGACAUUACGAAAAUGCCUGCGAACGCUAAACCUUCUCCGAAUCCUCGUCAUAGUCCUGCAGUUGAAACAUCCGGACCACGUCAGCAACAACGCAAAGUCCAGCAGAAAAAAAAGAAGAAAGGUAGCAAGUGGUAAUGAUUAUUUCAUUUCUAUAUUGAUUUCUCAUGUUUUGAUGUAUAAAUUAGAUUACAUAGCGUUUUCAUGGAAAGGGAAAAAAACGUUUUUUACCAUAAAUAUGAACUAAAAAGGAUUUGCUACCGUGUAGCUGUAUUUUACGAAACGGAAGUUGUAAUACUGCCAUUAAAAAGAAAUGGAAAAGAUAUAAACAUGAAACAUAAAAGGAAUUUGUUAUAAUUUUUAAUAUAAUUUUUUAUGUAUCAAUUUAGUGUCCAUUUAUCAAUAGACCUUUGAAUGCAAUUAAGAUUCUAUCGUCGUAUAUUAUAUAUUGUCAAUGUAUCUUUUCUUUUAUACUUUGCAAAUGUUACUUUUCAAAGAAACUCAAACAAAUAUGUAUCUAUAUUGACAUUAUGUAAAUAUAGAGAAAAUUGAAUUAUGCUAUAGAAAAUAUAUAUAUCUUUAUUUUUAUUCUUCAAGAAAAA